AUGGAGAAUGGAAAAACAAUGUGCAAAGAGAAGGAGCGAGAUCCUUUGCUCAAAUUCAAAAAAGAACUUCAUCUUGAGUCUGCCAUGUGGUUGUCUUCAUGGAAGGACAAUCAAAAUGAAGAUUGCUGCAAAUGGGAAAUUCAAUGCAACAAACAAACAGGUUAUGUUCAAAGGCUUGAUUUCAAUCUUUCCUAUACACACAAUUUUAGCGGUAAAAUCAGUUCUUCAAUAACUGAGCUACAACAUAAAAAAUAUUUAGACCUCAGUUAUUUGUAUACUAGGAGUCAAAUCCCAAAGUUCAUUGGCUCCUUUAGUAAAUUAAGAUAUCUUGAUCUCUCAUAUGAUGGUUAUUAUGGGAAGAUUCCUUUGCAAAUAGGUAAUCUUUCACACUGGGAUAUCUUGACUUCCUUAAAUUUGUCAAGGAACAAUCUCACUGGGAAAAUCAUUUCAAAAGUGGGAAACUUAAAGUCAUUAGAAUUUCUUGAUCUAUCAACAAAUCAUCUGUCUGGAAGAAUCCCUUCAAGUUUAGUACAAAUUGAUCGUCUUAGUAUGUUGGAUUUGUCAAACAAUCAGCUCUAUGGAAAAAUUUCAAUUGGAACACAGUUGCAAAGCUUUAACGCUUCGUGUUUUGAAAAAAAUUCUAAUCUGUGUGGAGACCCCCUUGAUAUAAAAUGUCCUGGAGAAGAGCCAUCAAAGCAUCAAGUGCCAACAACUUAUGAUGCAGGAGAUGACAAUUCAGUAUUUUUAGAAGCAUUAUACAUGGGCAUGGUGAUAGGAUUCUUUAUUGGUUUUGUUGGAUUGGUAGGCUCAAUAUUGUUACUACCCUCUUGGAGAGAAACUUACUCCAAAUUCUUGAACACUUUGAUAUUGAAAACUUUCAUGUGGUGGAAAGAGUGA